UCCUACCCUCAGCAACAAACAGCAUCUGCCGCUUACGCGUCCUAUCAUCAACAACAGCAACAACAACAGUCUAUUAUACGGAGCGAUCAAUUCCCACCAGGCGCUGAUCCGACCAGUUUGCUCCAGUAUCCAUAUCAGUACCAGCACCAACAAGAACAGACUACGUCAUUGCUAGGUCCAUUUGAAGAUAAGCAAAAUGGCCUUGUUGAAGCAGAGACUCGGCGACAGUUCCUAUUAAAUGAUCGCCAAAGCUUCAAUAUGCCAAGCCCUGCGCAGUCUGGUUUCCCUCUGGGCACUGGGCAAUAUUCGGUGCCCAAUGGUCAGUUUCAUGAGAGUCAUAUGGCAUUUACCGAUCAAGGCCCCUUCUCUGGCAGACUGAAUACCGGUUCUGCUGGACAAGUAUUCCACCAACAACUAGCGCAACCUCACAAUCAACACCACCAUCAUCACAAUCAGCAUCUUGGUUCUGAAGUUGCCUCACAGACUAGUCAGGCUGCAAGUGGUGGCAGCCUCUCAGGUACCCCAGGAGGACACCGGUAA